GUCCUUUUUUAGCUCGCCGAGUGAUAUUAUUUGCUCUUCGUGACAGCUAUGACGUCAUCCACAGACUCUUGGAUCCUGAUAGGUUGACUACCAUGAAUUAUUUUAGUGUCUAUUGUCAUCAAGACACUGCACUGAAACGAGUGGGGCACAUGUCUUCUGACAUAUACAAUUUCCGUUCUACUGCUGGCAACAAGUAGUGCUGCACAACUUGGAAUAGCUCGAAUAGGAACUUUUCAGCAAACUAUGUGGUGUUUUGCUUGACGAUUGUUAUGCCUAGUGGUUUCCCUGUUCAUGGAGUUGCCCUUUUACAUGUAAUAAUUUACACUCAUGUUGGGCAAACAAUCCCACAGACAAUAACGGCUGAAACCUUUGGAAAGGCGCAAGAUGAACAAACCUACGUGCCGAAACGUUUAAGGUCCGUUUGUUUUGACCGCUGUGCCAAGGAAGCUAAGGUUAGUCCAUGUAACUUGCAUUUAAACCCAAGUUUUUAUCGUCUGGCUCAAAAUACACAAGCAACAGACUUAUUUAGCAGAGGUCGAUGUCGUGACUUCGGCCCUUGAUGUGAUAAUGAGCGUGAAACAUACACGUUUUUGUGUGAGAGGAAAACACUAAUUCAAUCACAAAAGGGAAGCUUUGCUUAAGGUUAAAUAAGAGAUUCUCGCAACCUUAGUUUUCGACAUCAGGAUUUCCAACUCUUUUUGGCCGUAUACGUGAGGGCUUCCUCUCGUUAUUAACCAUAAAUUAUUCGCGACAUGUAUCUCCCGUUUUCCCGCAUGACUUACUAUAAAACAAAAAAUGCAAACGCACACAAAAUAAUGGGACACCUCAGUAAAAGAUACAUGUAUUUAUAUGUUGAAACUGUUCUGAUCUCCCAACAUAGGGGGCCAUUUACGCUAGCUUGGUAUUAUAACAAAAUAUGAUAUAGGAAGCAAACAUGUUUUAUUCUCGUGCCUACGGUGUUGACAUAAAUGCGCUAUACCACAUUUACCUGCAUUCAAUAAAGAUUUAAAUUUAGACUAUUUUUUGUUUUCUAUACCUACAUUCUUAAAAACCUUCACGUAAUACAUCUUAAGAACACUUUGCCCAAUAAAAAAAGACCUUGUUUCUUUCGUCGUUGUCCGUAUACUUUGAAUAUAUUUAGAUGAUAGGAAUUUAUACCUUUCUUCCAUAGUUUGUUUGGCAAUUUAUUUCAAAGGCAAAUAUGUUAAUUGAGGGCAGAGUAAAAAGCUUUUAACUGGAGAUUCCUUCUACUAAAACGUUGCCAAAGGUGGCAAUUCAGAGUGGAUUUUCACUUUUCAAAUACUGCAUUUACGCAGUUCAUAAGUGAAUAAUGGUACCACAAAGACAUAAAGCACUUUGCUUUCUGUAUUUUCGACAUCUAUUUACUUUUUUGAAGAAAACUGAAUAUUUAAUCAUCACAUACAACAACGCAAGUGCCUCGAAAGUACAAGUCAGAAACCGAAUUUAGAGCAGAAAAAAAAUGUGUACAACACUGGCUCAGCCAAAUAAUAUUGGACUUGGUGCUACUACGUUCCUUGCAGAAUAUGGAAGUUGUUUCUUAUAGUCUGAUUGACAACUACCAUAGUUGUAAGCAGGUGAACCCCACGUUUGUUUACUUAAUCAUUUUAAAUACUACCACCAUGCAAAUCCUGCUGGGAUAAAAUUGAAGCCAAGUGAUGCUAUUCAUGCACCUAGUUCACUGGCUCAUCUGUCUCAUCAGUGCACACAAUAUCAUUAGUACAUCCAUAUUUGUUGCACACUGGUUUGCAAUAAUUUCCUGAGUAAUGCUUGUAUCAGAUCUGCUAUAAAUUUCCAUUGUCAAUUAACACUAUUUAAUUUAUAAUGACUUGGCUAUACUUUUUUUUACUCAGCCUUUUUUCACCAUACUAACAAAUUUAACACCUAAGUAUAUAUAAAUUAAUUCAAAACAUGGUCAAAAUAAAAUAUAAAAUUCUGUCGCUAUUUUUUCUCUUCCAAAGCUUAUCUGCAGAGCACAAGAAAUAAUAUGUUAACAGCUCUUUGAAGAAAGCCCUAUGGGGGUCAUGAAAUUUUUAAUAGCUGAACUUCUCUUAGAUAGCAGUCUCCUUCCAAAAGCUUUAUUACACCUCAUUUCAACAACAUCUAUAAGCGACUAAAAAAUUAAUGUCCUCUCAGUGUUAAGCGACCAGGUAUAAUUUUUCUGAUGAGACCACCACGAGUUCUAAUGAAUAACAAUCAAUAUUCAUUGACAUGCAUUGAUCCAUGUGAAAACAACUAUAGUAACCCAGCCACUGACAUUUAAGUAAAACAAAAAACUUCAAGUGUAUCAUGAUCAGUAGACAGUCCUUUUUAAAGGGAACCUCCACUUCAACAAAAAGUUAACUUUAAAUCACAGGAAAUAACUGUUAGAGUCAAGUCAAUCUAAUAUAUUUUUAAAGAAAGCGUUUGUAUCCGAAAGAAAUAACUUUUAGAUUCGCCUAUUUUUGUUUUCAAAUUUUGCAGGCGUCGCCAUCUUGAAUAAUUGUGACGUGUAAUGGUUGCCCUAUUGUUAUUAAACAAAAGCUCUUUGUGUCAGAACAAUAUACCAACCGUAGCACGUCACAAUUAUUUAAGAUGGCGGCGCCCGCGAAAUUUGAAAGUGAAAAUAAGCGAUUUUAAAAUUCACUUUUCCUGAUAUAAACACUUUUUUUAAGACAAAUUUCGAACAAAUUUGUUUAUCAACAUAAUUUUAUUCGAUUUAAACUUAUUCUGUAGUAAGAGUGGAAGUUCCCUUUAAAGGAUACACAAUGCUCUUGUUUAUUGGCCAUAUUUUUUCCAGGUUAUUUUUAAAGAGUGUAUGCAAAGCUGCCAAAAGGAAUCAACAUUAGGUAAUAUACAUGCUACUGAAUUUAUUAUGUAACAAACUUCUUCUUACAUGGUUAGCUUGCAACUUCUUUUACCCUAUAAUAAUUUUUUUUUUGAAAAGCCUUUGGUCGUUCUAAUUUUUUUGCUCUGCUUAUGGAUUAAAUCCUAAGGGUGUAACCCCCCAUCCAAAUGACUUCUCAGCAGUAUUUUCACUUCAUACUGUUUGUCUUUUGUCAUUUUACAAAAAAAUUGGAAGUUUUGUCAAACUCACUUUGGUCGCUAGGGGUGAGAGAGUUGAGAUAAAUUCUGAAUUGAGUUUUACAUAUUCUACAGUAGGUAACAUGCAGCAGCACUUUGUUCUAACACAAACAAUUCAUAGCUGCUUACAUCCCAUCAUAAGUAACAGACAAAUGGGUUUUAUCCCUACUGCAUGUUGCUUUAACAUAAUGAGCCUCUCAAGUGAGCAGCCGUUAAAUGGCUUUUAAUUACCUCCACAAAAGAAGUGCUUUUUACUACUUAAAACAUACAAUUGCUUAAUCUACCAUUCUCAAAAUGUGUAAUAAUUAAUUGUCACAUAUUGUAAAAAGAAUGCCUAUUGUAAGAAGACAGAAAAGCACCCUCUUCUAGCAGUUUCUCUCUGCUGUGGCUUUUAAUGUGGUACAAUACAUGUAAGUCAUUGUGACAUAAUGAGAAGUUUGGUUGGUUUACUUCUACUCGGGGACAAAUAUGAACCGACUAAGAGCAAUUGCAAUAAAACAUGGUACAGUACAUGAAAGUUGUUUUGACAUAAUGAGUAGUUAGGUUGUUUAAGUUCCACUCUGGGACAAAUAUGAAUCGACUAUGAACAAUUGCAGUAAAACAUAUCAGAAAGAAGCCCCUGCUAGCUGAAGGGUGACAGAAUUUAACAGAUCAAGUUCGGAUUGCUAACAGUGCAUGUGAUAUCACUUGGAUUUUGGAGCCACUGAAUCAUACAAUUAGUGAAGGACUAUUGUCAUUAUUACAAUGACAAUGACAAUGUCAUUGUCAUUGUUAUUGCUGUCAUGUUAGAGCGGUUUUCACUUGACUGUCGUAAAACCAAAACCAAAGUAAAUACACUAGCCAACCAAAGGGCGUAGUAAAACCAAAACCAAAACCAAUCCCUUUCGACAGUCAAAUGAAAACCGCUCUACCUCUCUCGACUCUUGUAAUUGACAACCUCAUCAAUAGUUGUCAUCAAGUUAAUGUCACUGUCACUGCUGUUCAAUGUUGUUGUUAUCUCUUUCCUUUCUCAUAUGACACCCUAACUUGAACAAAACCCAAUUAGGCUAGUACUGAAAAAGUGGUCUUUAAGCAUGAGAGGUACAUAGAUCUAUGUAAGUCAGCUUCAUCCCUGAAGAGGCUGAAAACCAUUUCCCCCCAAAAUAUAAUCUGAGUUAUUCUAACUUUCCUGUAGAUCAAGCAAAGGGUUUAAGAAAACCAGUGACACAGAGAACUCUUAGUCUUACUCGACGGACUGUUCCAAGGAUGACUGUACUGAAUGGUAUGUUCUUUUUCUUAAUAAUUAAUUAGGUUAUCAAUAUCACUAUUAUCAUCAUCAUUAUUAAUAUUAUGAUUAUUACUAUUAUUAUUAUUAUUAACUCUCAUAACGAUAAGCUGUUAACAAAACAAUUAUCUGUAGGAAGCUUGCCAGAAUGAAAACAAGCAGAGUGAAAACAUGCUUUAAUAAUAUUAUUAUAGAUAUAUCAUUUUCUUUACAGUACAAGUAGCCUAUUCAUAUGCAAUGUCUGACGGCCACUUUCAUCAGGAACACUAACGUACUUCUGUUUUAAACUACUUUACAUGACUUAACAAAAAUUUUCCUGUUUAAUCUAAGGUAUGAAACUGAACUUUUGUCUCUUAUACCUUCUUAAGAAUGCAAGAUGGCACCAAAUUAUCCAGCACCUAAACAAGCAGAAGGCCUGUCAGUUGACUUUGAGACAAAUAGGACUCACAUUAAAGUCAGCUGGAAGGCAAUAGAUCCCUCAGAUACAGGUUUGUAAAGCAUACAUUAUUAGUACCAUUUACUUUGUCCUAGAAACCAACAGUUACAUGAUUUUUAAGGCCAUCCUCCUUUGUUUGUCCAUUUUACUGUCGUAUGACCAACCCAAAUUUUUGGCAUUUUCAAAAAAAAAAGUAACGACGUAGUUACACCAUUUUUCACUUGAAAUAAUUCUUUUAAUCUGAAAAAUGAGCAUCGUAACAGCUCAGAGAAAAACAGGAACAAAAACAUGAACAUUUUUCACAGUAUAUUGUACAUUUUGUUAAUCCAAAUAUGUGAAUGUUAACUUUUAACGUUGUCCUGGGGUACCAGGGCCUACUAUUCCGAGACUUCUUGUGAUUUUUUUUAGUUUUUUUUUCUUUUUUUCAAUCUGACCUACCGACCCAAUAUCAGGAAACGCAUUUGACGGUAAAUAAAGAAAAAAAGGGAAUGGCCUAACUAACAUAAUUCUGUUUAAUAUUUAGUUUAAUAUAUAUUCGUUUUUCACAUAUUUCUACAAAUAUCAAAUUAUGAAUUAACACUACAACUUAAUUGUCUGCGGAGAUGGGAGGUCUUUGUGGGCAUUCAGCUUGAAAUGGGACAUUCUGUGGAAGAACAGUCAGAUUAAUACCAAAAGGCUAAAAACAAAUUCAUCCCUUUGAAAAAAACACAAGGCUGAAGAAUGCACAACUUACAAUAUGUUAUGAACUUAAAUCAAUAAUGCUGGCAGUGUAAGUUAAGGAUAAAUGAUAUUAUGAUUUGUUGCCAGGUUUCAACUGGACGGACUAUGCAGUGAUCUAUCAAGUUGGCAAAAAGAAAAAAGCCAGUUGCAAAGUAGUUCCAAAGGUUGGUGAACCAUAAACCUCUCAACAACUUUUUAUCAAAUACCUUCGCUUCCAAAUCGAAAAGGACAUAAAUUUUUAUUCGCUCCCUUCCCUUCUGUGCCGUAAUUUAACUAAGAACUUUUUUGCAUCUUGUUAAAGAUCACUUCGACUUUAAUAAAUAGUAUAUAAAAGAAAGGGACAUACAUCCAAGUAAGCUCUCUUGGCUUGCAAACUCAUGUGGAACUUCGUUUAGUGUUUGUUAUAGCAUCCUUGGUGCCAAAACACUGUAUUUUCUUUUUUGUACAACUUAGUGUACAACUCCGUGGUUCAAGAACGUACAAAUGUUGCAAGCAUUCGGAACGGGCCGUCGAUAAAACUAAAUAAUAAUAAUAAUAAAUAAUAAAAGGAACAAUAGAUAGAAAACAAUUUUUGCAAAAAUUUAUAAUAACAAAAUAAAUAACAUAACAUAACAUAAAAACGAAAAAUAAAGAAACAAACCAAGAAAGAAAGAAAAAGAAACUGGUAUCAUCUCCGAGUAUGAGAAAACAAUAUUUUGUUGCAAUGAAUUUUUUGCAGUGGGCGAGUAAGGGUCCAUUCAAAUGACAGUCCCCAGUCAUCCUACUCACCCUGGUCACCCUAAUGAGUGAAGGUUUGCUUCUUAAUUCAAAAUAUAUUAAAAUGGGUCGCGAGGAGAGGGUUUUCAGGCUUUCGUAACACAGCCACCUCUUGUAAAGGUUUGCCAUGUGGUUUAACGGUUAUCCAUUUACGGCUUUGUCGCUUUGGACUUGGAUAAUUAAAUUAAAGAUUCAGAUUCACCGUGAAUAGUUGCAGUGGCAGCGGUAGUUUCUAACUGUUAUCAGUUAGCCUGAAUUUUAGCCGUCUCGCCGCAAACUCCUCCUGCGACUAGAGGAGACUUCUGAGAUAUCAUGCUGACUGUAAACAGUAUAGAAACUACUACGAAUGUGAGUAUUGUCCACUAAAAUCCAAAGACAGGAGCCGCUAUACUCUUCUUAAGUUCACAGAGCCGCCUUGUCUGUAAGUAAUUCAUGUUCAAGAAAGCAAAGCACCUCAAGUAAGCAAAUGUCGGUUUUAAAUAAGGAGCUAUAUGUUGACUUGAAAUGAGCUACUUACCGACUUGGCUUGACAUGAAAUACUGCACCGACAUUUCAGACCAUUGCAGAACCGUAAAUGGAUAACCGCCAAAUAAUUAACUCACGGCAAACAAUUACAAGAGGUAACUGUGUGAGGAAAGCUUAAAAAAGCCCCCUCCUCGCGACCCAUUUUAAUAUAUUUUGAAUUUAGAAGCAAACCUUCACUCGUUACUGUCAUUUGCAUGAACCCUCACUCGCCCAACAAAUUUUAAUUUGUUGCGACAAAAUAUUGUUUUCUCAUACUCACAGAGGAAAUCAGUUUCUUUUUCUUGAUUAAUUGAUUAUUUAUCGUUUUUCUUUUGUUAUUUUAUUUUAUUAUUAAUUUUUACAAAAAUUAUUUUAUUAUUAUUAUUUUAUAAUAUUUUUUUUCAUGAAAAUUAUUUUUAUUUUUUCAUGUUCCGGGAUGUUCCGGGAUGUUCCGGAAUGUUCCGGCAUGUUCCGGAAUGUUCCGUGUUCCGGGUUUUAUCGACGGCCUUCGGAACGGCCAGCGCGCCAUUUUGUCUGUUCACACUUCCCUCGCUUAACCCCUUGCUCUGGAAAAGUGUUUAUGAAUAAAUUCGCUGACCUUACCCUUUAUACCUGUGGAAAUCAUCAACACAGCAAAAAUCAAUGUUCCAGUUGGAAAUCGACCACAGAAUUGGGCUCAUUUACAGUUCUGUAAAAGCCGCAGCAAUGCUUUGCGCGGGAAGCACUUGGUAACCGUUCCUUCAACCAAUUUCAAAACCCAUGGAGCCUUUGUGGUGCCUGCUUAAUAGGUACUGACUGGUAGAGGGUGGUAGCCAUAUUACUUCGCCUCGUGGGAGGGACGAAAAAAGAUACGUUUUGCAAUGGCGUGUUUAUCAGGAUGGAGAUCCGUGGCGUUAGUAACACUAAAACUGUGAAGAACCCUCGAAGUGGCCAGAUUUUUUCGCUUGAGCCACUUUGCACAUCCAGGGAAAGUAGCACGAAAAAAGUUUCCAUUAAUAGAUUAUACGUUCAACUUAGUUUGCGUUGCCUCAACAAGUUUUGUUUCUUCGUGAACGGCGCGUUAAUUUCCUUCAUUUCGAAAUGUUACCCUUUCUUUCGGGUUAAUUUUCUUUAUUUGGAGGUCGUUUCCCAAUUUCAGUGGCGCCAAUUUCCAAUACCUUAACUUCAAAAGGCCAGGAGCGUUACUUUCCUAUAAUAAGGUAACAUCGCAAGACAGAUAUAAAUAAUAAAAACGUUGUUUUUAUAAUUCUAAGUUUGAUGAGGUUACCAGUAUUUUGUUCAAUCUGCAGAACCAAACGUUCUACAUGGUGCCACAGGGACAUUUUUCAUAUCCUGAUCCCUUCUACGUUUCGGUAUGUUUUAAACACUUAAGAUGUAAAAGGAGUUUACAUACAAUAAAGAUAAACAUAAGAGGGUUCAAAGUGCUGGUUUCAUGUGUAAAAAAGUCAUUGGGCGCUUUCCAUUCAACAAAAAUUCCGGUUUGAAAUUUCCAUAAGCGUACGGGAAAUUUUUUGCCAGGGGGGGGCGGUAAACCGUUUGCCCAAAAACAUCUCGCAAGUUGCCCAAAUUUUUACGAAAGAGUCGAAAAGAAAAUGAGGGCCAUAUUCGAACAACAUAGGCCGUCGUGGCAUAUGAAUGUGGCUCGGUACAGUUUUUCAGGGUCAAUACCAAGUCUGAGCAUAAACUAUGUCGCCAUAAACAAACAUUUGGAAAAAUUGCGACCACAGUUGUAUUAAGAUGAAAAUUUGUCAUCACCAGGGUUGCAAUGACAUCGGAGUUGUCAUAGCAACGAAAUGACUCCAUUACCUAUUUUACUUCAGCAAUGAUUUCGGGAUGGGAACCUUACAAAAUCGUUCACAGGAGCUUUUUUCUCCAAUAUGGUCGCCUCGAUGUUCGUGAAGUUUAAGCAAAACCUUAAGAGCGUUAUCGAGAUAUUUUGCAAUGAAGUUUUUAUUAUUAGAAAUACGGUAAGACAAGGAAAAUCUUGAUUUUUGGCUGUUAUCUGUAGAAAACGAAGCGCUUUUGACCUGUAAUUUCACCUCAUAGUAGUUUUAAUCUUUUUAAAAACAUGUGUGAAAGAUCGUGGAGAUAACUCUGCUUGAUUGCUAGAAUCGAAAGAAGGAUUUGAUUAGUAUGUAUCGAGACACUCUUGUUAGCGGUUUUGUAAACAUUUCGGUCUACUUUAACAAGUUAGCGAAUAAUUUUAAACCGCUCGAUAGAUUUUUUAAACGAAUUAAGAUACUUCUCGUAAUUCAAUCUGAGGAUUAGUCAGCCACUUCUUCAUUUUCAUACCCAUUGUAGCCUGCGUAGCAAGCGUUUCCAGUCGAACUCGCGCGGAAACGCUUGCUAUGCAGGCAAUACCCAUUGCUAAAUGCUAUCUGCCAUACACUGUUCGUUGAGUGGAGAUGAUUCUAGAAAGUUAUGCGAAAGUUUGUUUUAAUCAAUUCUCGACAGGAAAUAGCCCAUUCCAGCUAGUGCAGUGCAGUAUAGUGCCCAACCAAAAAAAACUGCAAAUAUGUAAAUUACUCAUCACAUGCUAAGUAACCACUGUAAUGUAACUGGAUUAUUACGCCGACUUCAGGUUAAUAUUCAGGUCUUUAAAAUAAUUAAAUAAAAUGGAGACGUCUUUAAAAACUGGCUUUGCCCAAAUUUUCUCUCGCUGCCCAAAAAAUCUGAGUUGCACAAAACACAGCCCCCCUCGCCGCAACAUCCGCAACCGGCCUGCUACGUUAGUGGACCGUAGUGAAAAUCGGACGUAUUGAGUGCUAGCCACAGAUCAAGAAAUUGUGGAUUGUGUGGUAAAUAGAGGGAGACCAAACUACUCAGGCAAAUUUAGCCAAACGAAAAUGGUGACAGUAUUUGCGAACAAUCCUAAAAGUUCAAAAACAAGACGUAUCGCGAAUUCACUUCAGCCUUCCAACCAACGCACAUUGAUCUUUGGGUCGUUACCAACAUUUCGCAACAUAAGCGCACUCAACACUGUAAACAGUUUUAUUAACACAGAAAUAUUCAGAUAAAUAUGUAUCUCUCCUUUUUAUGUCUUUUUUUUUUUUUGAGUCUGGAAAAUUUUCAAAUACUUAGUCUCUAAAAAAAUGCUAUGUUGCACCGCGAAUUUUCCCUCCUCCUUCUCAAACACAUUAAUAAUUCAUUAAGAAAAUACAAAGGAUUAAUUAAUGUUUAAUGAGUGUUUGGAAAGCGGCUGAAACACUGCUUAGUAUUUGCAUCCUUAAUUUCUCCUUCAAAAAUGAUUUUGUUUGAGAAGAAAUAUCAAACAUUCGACACAGUGUUUCAUCACCAGAUGAAACACCUCGAAGUUCGUCAAAAAUACUCCGCUUAGCGUCGUAUUUUCAACUCUCUUCUCGGUGUUUCAUCUGGUGAUGAAACACUGCAUCUCAUGUUUGAUAUAUUACUUCAUGAAUUUGCAUCCGCUUUUUCAAAUGAGAUCCCGGAAUUUUAUUACUUAAUUUGUCGAAAAUGUCCGAUUUCCUCUAGAAGAGAGCCCCUUCUUUUCUUUUUUUCUUUAUUUUCACUUUCCGCUUGGACUACUAUAAUAUCACUCCUUUUGAAGAGCAUUACAGGCACUUCAUAAGUUUUCUAAUAAAAAGGACCAGCGAAUGGUUAACUAUGUUGUUGCUCCUAUGUGUUACAAGUAACGCCCUAGUUACUAGUGAAUAGUUACUCUGCCCUACACCACCGUGCUCUAUAGUUUUAUUCAUUCUAUUCACUUUAUUCAUCCUACAUGUAGGUUGUUACACAUCCUUAUAAUGGAGAUAGCUCGGUUCAACUAAGCUUAUUUACCCCUGAAGGUAAUAAAAUUUUACAUCAUGUAUUCCUUUACAGUUGAAGUUUGUAAGGGUUACCUUAUAGCAAUUUAAGUGAUGCAACAACAGAAUCAUACAGCCUAGUCCUUUAGAUUCUAAGACGAGAACGAUUACGAGUUCAUUACUGAGUAUUGCUCACGCCUUAACCAGCGUCAUGGGCGGGAAAACGUGAUAGCCGUCGUCAUUUCACUAGUUUUAGCGAAAAUGUCGUAAUGGGGGAACAAGUUGUCAAAUGUUAAACUAAUUUUGUCACUGUGAGAUUAAAAGAGGGCUUAACCUCCUUCAAUAAAAAUAACUUACCGUGCUAACCUCUCUGGUGAAAAAGAAGUACAACUGAUGUAGCUUUCCGGGGUGAUUUUUGGAGAAUACGCGAAAAAACUUAAAGAUUAAAAUAUCUUUCUCGUAGUCGUCCUCGCCCUCGAAUCAAAAGGUCUCUAAUCUUCUCUGCCUCUGACUGGACUAUAGCUACUUGUAGCAAAAUGGACGUUACUCUUAAAAUAAUUAUUUUAAAUUUUAAUUUCUAUUUUAUCGACAGUUACGAGAGCAACCUUUUCUCCCAACAUUUCUGGUAAAGGUAGGCUACAUCUAGAUUUUAACUUCUAUUGUUACGUGCAGUACAUGUCGGAAUGAAUGUAUUCUAAUGCGCCUAUCUUGGUUUGUUUAAUUGUUUUAAUUUUUCCAGUGGCUUUCGAAGUAAACAUGGAAACUUGAUCGAUGGAGUGUGUAGCUCUUGCGCCGGCACUAAAAUCGGAGAUAGCGCUUCUGUUGUUGAUUUCGGUGGUGAUGUCUGUAACGCAGCGAAGCUGCCAUUUCACAGUGCUAUAUUAACAUGAUGAGAACCUACAACGUGCAUGGCUCCUAGACUUAAUGAGCAUUCAGUAAAUAGGCCUGUUGCAGCUAGUCUUUAACGCGCUACAAAUCCGCCAUACUGGAGAGUAAGAAAAGCAAUGGGACAAGAGAUACAAAGGCCACACAUCAUUUAACAUGGUAAUUACUUUGUUUGUCUUUUCCUAGUGCGCCCCUUACUCUCCAGCGCGGCGGGUUUUGUACCACGUGAAUGGCUAUCCGAAAAAGGCCAAUUUGGUCCGACUUUGAUUCAACUCUCAUAUGGUCUUUAACUUUGCAGACGCGUCUAAACUUGUGACUACUUCAGUCGUAGGAAUAAUGGCUGGAUUGUUGCUGUUACUGCUUAUAUAUCUUGCAUUCAGGUGUAGGAAGAAACGACAAUGUCCUGGUACGUCCAAGGCUUACUAGAGGCAAAUGUUCUUUUUUUAGUUACUCUUUUACACAGUCUGACAAAUAUAAUAUCUUGCUGUUUAAUUAUAUGCCUGUUUUAUAAUCAGUUUUUCAUUUUUUUUUUUUUGAGCAUGAUAGCUUGUAAUAAGGCUUUGUAGAAAAAUAGAUUCCUGGUGUCUAUACAUGGUGGUGUCGCUGGAGUCAGGGCGUUGUAUCGUUCAUGAAACAAACACACAGGCUUAAAAAAAACUGUUUUAAUGCAUUCUAUGUUUUCUUUGGAAUAAUUGAUUGUUGAAAAACAGUAAUACAAUUUCAACUCAGAUCCAACAUUGUACAGCAUUCCUUCGCCAGCCCCAUUCAGGCCAGAUAAUCCUAAAGGUAAGUAUAAAUAGAACAGUAGUUUGCAUCUGUUUCAAUUUCACAACGAUUUCAUUUUCGUCUUUAAAACGACCAUGAAACCAGCAGAAUAUUUUCACAACCAUCAGGAAUUUUAUUAAAACUUUCAAGAGGGGAUUUUAAAAUCCAAUCACCGGACUAGAACUGUCAAAUGUGUGCGCACGAUGCAAGAAUUUCCAUUUCAGCCUGAAAGUGGACAAAAUUUCUGGGCCUAAGCGGUCUUAAAAGAUCACUGACCUUUUCCACGCACAUCCGCUGUUCAAGUCGAAGUGUUGAAAGGCCAAACACGAUUUACAGCAUGUUACAAGCUCGGUAGAAUGCUAGCAUAGGAGUACGGGAAAUUUUUUGCCAGGGGGGGCGGUAAACCAUUUGCCCAAAAAAUGCUCGCAAGUUGCCCGAAUUUUUACGAAACGUACAGUCGAAAAGAAACAAGGGUCAUACGAUGCAACAACAUAGGCCGCACUGGCAUAUGAAGGUGGCUCGAUACUGUAACAGUUUUUCAGGGUCAAUACCUCCCAAUUCCGAGCAUAACUACGUCGCCAUAGACAAACAUUUGGAAAAAUUGCCACCACAGUUUUAUUAGAUAAAGAUGAAAAUUUGUCAUGAUCAGGAAUGCAAUGACAUCGGAGUUGUCAUAGCAACGAAAUGACGCGGCCAUUGCCUAUAUUACUUGCAGUAAUAUUUCUCGGCACAGGGAACUGUUCUUACAAAAUCGUUCACGAAAGCGUUUUCCUCAAAUAGUAGCCUCGACGUUCGUGAGGUUAAAACGGAAAAUGUGAGAGUGUUAUUGGGAUAUUUUGGAAUGAAGUUUUUAUCGUUAGAAAUGGGGUAAAAAAGGAAAAUCUUGAUGUUUGGCCGUUAUCGAACUGAGAACUAGUCAGCCACUUCUUCAUUUUCAGACCCAUUGCUGAUGCUAUCUGCCAUACAUUGCUCUACAAGCGGAGAUGACUCUAGAAAGAUAUGCGGGAGUUUAUUCUAAUCAAUUCACGACUGGAAAGAGCCCAUUCCAGUUAGUGCAGUGCAGUACAAUGCUCAACAGUAAAAAACUAUAAAUAUGUAAAUCAACGUAUGAUACCCUUUCCUAAUAACCAGAAACUCAUCACGUGCUAGGCAACCAAUGUCUCGAGAGAAUGUAACUGGAUUAUUACGCCGACGUCAGGAUUUUUGUCAGAUUAAAAUAUAAAAUAUUUAUCUCUUGAAAAUAAUAAUAAAAAAAAACAUGGAAACGUCUUUGAAACCUGGCUUUGCCCAAAUUUUCUCUUGCUGCCCAAAAAAUCUGAGUUGCCCAAAAUUUGGGGGGGCUGCAGCCCCCCUCGCCCUCCCGGCCCCUACGCCUAUGAGUGCUAGUGUAAUUAGAGUUUUGCUUUGGACAAGAAUGUAGGAGAUAAGCGUUGGCUUUUCGUAUAUUUCUCUCUGUAAACGCUGGAUUAGGUGGCAUUUGCUCAUAAAGGUGUUCUCUUGGUGAGGCAACGUCGGGAUGAUAGUCCCUAGUAGGUUGUAACUGAACAAAAAGCAGAUUUUUUUCCAGUUUAUUGUUUUGUAGUAAAUUAAGCCAAAUUCGUUCUCCGAGGUAAUUUUUUUUCAAUGGGAUUGUGAGGAAGGCUUUUAGUACGAAGGCAUAUGAGUUAUCUGAGCAGUUUGUUUUAAAAGUUUAAGGCCUUCACCCUCCAUGAGACCUUUCUGAUCUUUUCUGGAGUCUCGCACUGCGGGUCUUGCGUGAAAUUUCUCAGGUUUCAAAGAGCACGUUCUUAGUUAGACCCGACCGUAAUCUAGCACGAGGUUAGGUAAAUGUAGCGGUCAGCUGUAGUUUGUCUUGUCUUUGCAGAGGUGUACUACGCCUGCUACUAUCCGGAGGGAGACGAUUUUCGAAAGCAGGUAGCAUCCAUCGUGAACUACUUCCGGCAGAAUGGCUACAACGUCAUCAUGGACGUCAUGGUAUCUGCAGAAAUUACUUCCCAGGGCCCCACGCGGUGGGCAGAGGGACAAAUAAGGAGAGCGAAGAAAGUGUUGGUGUUCUUAUCCCCGGGUUUGGUGAACCUGGCCUUAGAUGGACGAGAUAAUACACAGUGUCAGGUAAUAGUCAAGACUAUUUGGUGCUUUUGAGUCUUAGUUGUUGUAGACAGCUCCACAAUUUUCACUGAUAGCGCGUGCAACAAAAGAUCAGGAGACAUACGAACGUAGGUUACCAGUUAAGUUUAAAAAAUGUUCCUGACUCAGCUUGGUUGAGAAAAGUAUAUUCAGAAUUUAUUUUAUGAGCUGCCGGACUUCAAUAUGUUAAAAACUGAAAUUGGACGCAACAAGAGCAUAGCAAUUUUAUCACGUAAGAGCUAGCCUGAGCUAUCGUGUGGGUCGCGCCUGUCUGACAUUCGGUAGUUUCAGGAUAUGCAGAGAUAUUUAUUCUUGCAGAAUAUCAGUUGUCAUCCAUAAGUGGCAUUUUUGUUUAUUCGUGCCUUGUUUUGAGGACCUCUAUUGAUAGCAGUCUUGUAAAAUAGUUACCUUGUAAAAUACUGAAAGAGCUACUCUAUUUAAAUAAUGUUUUCACUUAUAGUUCGGCUAUUUCGUUCUCGUAUAAAGUGUGAAACCUUCCCCCAUCUUCUCUAGCCUUGCACUGCCCCUAGCCGCUGUUGACUACGGUUCAGUGGCCUUUUUCUAAGUUAAAACAAAUGCCACUAGUUUACUUCCUUAGAACAAACGCCACCGAAUCGUAGUCAACGGUUGCCGGCACAAUUGCCGGCACCGUACAAACAAUAACCAGAGUUUAGUAACAUCAACGGACGUGAUACAACUCACUUUGACCCUGAAGGUGACUUCAACAACACUACUAUUCAGAACUAUACUCACUCGGACGAUCAUAUUCAACCUACUCGGUUAUGAAACGUUGUUUUUUGCUGUUGCUAGGAAAUCAACCGCGUUUGGUUUGAGCUGGAGGUACUUCGAGAUAUGUACACCAGGAAUCGCUCAGCCUCUAAGAUGGUAUGCUUGGUGCUGCCUGAUACGUCAGUCUCAACUUCAGAUCUGCCUCUGUGGGCAAGAAUCAGCUACAAGUGGCCGCACGAUGUUCAGGAAAUCUUGAAGCGAUUAAACGAUAGACCGAUGAUACUACCGUUGUAAAAACUGCAUUGUAUAAAUUAGAAUGGACUCUGACUUAUAGUAGACCUGGAGAGACAAAAUCGUUUUUAUUUUUAAGCUCCGUUUUCAUAGAGAAACCUUGUCCGGGGUGGAAGGGUUACUCGCCUACCCGAGCUACCCUGGGCGAGCAAACGUUUCGUACAUUUCCUCACAAAACUCAGCGAACGGUUUGCACGA